AGAUGGGACACUACAAAAAAAAACCGUUAAAACACCAUCGUCAUUUGAUUACUAUUUGUAGAACUGAAGUUACAGCCCCCCUAACUUGCUAGUAUGGACGCUCACGUGUUAUUGGAAUGCUUUGCCGGCACCUUACAGGCAAACCAAGCCAUCAGACAACAGGCCGAAUUGGGAUUGAAGGAGCUUGCAAAGACUCCUGGCUUUCUUGGUGGGUGUUUGGAUAUAAUUGGGUCUGAAAAUGAACUGCAAGUUAGCCCUGCAGUUCGCAAAGCCGCAGCCGUAUACUUCAAGAAUAGAGUGGUCAAAUAUUGGAUGAUUUCCGAACCUACUUCCUCAUCAAACUCUACAUACCGUAUUGAUAAUGAUGAAAGACCGGUUGUCAAAGACCGGAUCUUGAAAGUUUUGAUCCGUUCCGACUAUCAUGUCAAACAACAAUUAAUCCCAGUUUUAAGAAUUUUAAUUUCUUAUGAAUGGCCACAACGUUGGCCUGAAUUAUUACAAGAGACUGGGACUUUACUCCAACAACCUCUUGAUACAAAUUCAUCUUCUACAUCAUUAUCAAAUCAACAAUUGUAUGUGGGAUUACUUUGCUUUUCGGAAAUAUGCAGGAAGUUCCGGUGGGUCGGAAAUGAAGAUCGUGAAAAGGAACUUGAUCCAAUUAUUUCCCAAGUUUUCCCCCAUUUAUUGAAUGUUGGGAAUGCAAUCAUAUCUCUUGAUUCCAAUAACUUAUCGGAAAAUUUGUUUGAAAUGUUGAAACUUAUCUUGAAAUCUUUUAAAUUUGUUUCAUAUUUUGAUUUACCGGAAAUCCUCCAGUCACGUGACGUGCUCAUGUCAUGGAGUUUAUUCCAUGGAGCCAUUAUUAAUAUGUCUCCACCUUUAUAUAUUAUUGAAGGGGGGUUAAAUGAACUGGAGAAAUCAUUAUUACAAGCUUCCAAAUGUUACAAAUGGGCAUUUGCAAACUUGUACCGGUUAUUCACCCGAUAUGCAAGCGUUGGACUUUCCAAAAAAUACAAUUAUAUUGAAUUUCAUCAAAUGUUUAUUGGAGAAAUCAUUCCUCUGUUGAUUAAUAAUUUCUUACAACUUAUUGAAAAAUGGUGUGCUGGUGAAAGAUGGCUUAGUUUGGCGUCUUUGUAUCAUUUAUUGCAAUUUUUGAGUCAUUGUGUUACUCAAAAGAGCACUUGGCAAUUAAUUAAACCAUAUUUUGAAACCUUGGUACAACAUUUGGUCUACCCUUUGCUUUGUCCCAACGAUGAUAUGUUGGAAAUCUUUGAAACUGAUCCUCAUGAGUACAUCCAUGCUCAAUUUGAUGUUUAUGAUGAGGUGGAUACCCCAGACAUUGCCGCCUUGGGGUUGCUUGUAACCCUUGUAGAUAAACGUAGAAAGACCACAUUACUGCCCAUCAUCACUUUUGCUUACAACAAAUUGAAUGAAGUGGUCAAUGCCCCCGAAGAAACGUUAGCAGUGGCCAAACAGAAAGAAGGAGCCCUUAGACUCAUUGGAUGUAUUUCUCAUUAUGUGGUGGUCAACACUUCACCAUAUUAUUCUCAAAUGGAACCAUUUGUGGCCAAUUUGGUGGUUCCAAAUUUGCAAUCCAAUUAUGAAUUUGUCAAGGCCAGGGCUUUGGAAGUCACUCUGAGAUUUGCAGACUUGGAAUUCCAAGAUUCCACCGUCAUUGCCGCAGUUUUCCAUGCGGUGACGGCUAAUUUUGAUCUCACCAACAGCUCACUCCCGGUGAACUUCAUAUGUAGUCUUGUUAUCCAGGCUUACUUACCCAAUGAACAAUUCAAGGAGGCGAUCCAGACCAACAUUCUCCCCACCAUGUCGAAAUUACUUGAACUUUCUGAGGAAAUCGAUAACGAUGCCGUGUCGGUGGUCAUGCAAGAGUGUGUAGAGAACUUUUCCGAACAAUUGCAACCAUUUGGAGAAGAUUUGAUGAGUAAGCUUGUUGAGCAAUUCAUGAGAUUGGCCGUGGAGAUCCGUGAUGCCACUGCUAGUGUGGACAUUGAUGAUUUUGAUGCCAAUGACAAUGAUGACCUGUCGGAAAAGACCAUGGCUGCCAUCGGACUCUUGAACACCAUGAUCACUGUACUUCUUUCCUUUGAAAACUCUCAACAAAUCUUGAACAAGUUGGAACAAGUGUUCUACCCGGUGAUUGAAUUCGUCUUGGUCAAUAAAAUCGACGAUUUCUUUGCCGAAGUUGGCGAACUUGUUGAAAACUCGACCUUUUUGGUCCGUGGCGUCAGCCCCACCAUGUGGAACGUGUUCCGCUUGAUCUCCAACACGUUCAAUGGAGACCAAGAUGGGAACUCCUUGGGACUUCUUUACAUCGAGGAGCUCAUGCCAAGUAUCCAAAACUUCUUGACUUACGGACUGGCGGAAUUACAAGUACAACCAGACUUGGUUCUGAACUUUUAUCACAUUUUCCAAUCCAUUGUAGAUGGAGAUGAGUCUCAAGUGGGGUUGAACGACAUUGCCUAUGCAUGUGAAUUAGCCCAGAGUCUCAUUCUUGCCUUGCAACAAAAUGCCACCCAAUUUGUUCCAGGAAUUCUCAAGAGAACUUUGGACAUUUACGUUUCCAUGAUGUCUGACAAGCAACACGUACGUAACAAUGCCAUUGACGUCAAUGUGCAGAACGUGGUGGUUGCCGCACUUGUGUACGACUUACCCAACGCCGUGACUGCUCUUGAAGCACGUCAAUUAGUUGGUGGGUUCUUUGACAGAUGGUUGAAACUCAUCCCACUCUUACAAAGAGUUUAUGACUUGAAGCUUUCUCUUUUAGGACUUAUUAGCAUUCUUAGCAGUAGAGGAGAAAUCUUGGCCAAGCUUAACGAUACCGUUCCAGUGGGGAAGCUUGUUGGAUCGAUGUUACUCAUCUUGAGAAACCUCCCUGAGGCCAUGAACAAUUUGGAAAAGAAACGUACAGAAUUUGGAUCUUUGGACCAUUCAGCAUGGGAAUUGGAAAACCAAUUCAAUAGCUUUAGAAAUGAAGACGAUGACGAUGACUACGAGGACAUAGAAGACGGUGGUUCCACUACGGUCACCGAGAGUGCCACCGCGGGGGAAACAGAGGCCGGAGACUACGAUUCCUUCCUCAAGCAACAAGAACUCAAGAGCACCGGGUUCUAUGAUGAGGAAGAUGAGGAGAUUGUAGAAGAUCCAUUAUGUGCCACUCCAUUGGACAAUUUAAACGUUUUCAAGCUUUUCAAAGACUUUGUGGUCAACAUGGAGAGUGAGGAUGUCAACAAGUACCAAGGGUUAUUUGGGGAGUUGGACGACGCUGAAACACAAGUUAUUAAGGAUGUUUUUGAAGUGGUUCAAGAUUAAGAAAGGU